AUGCCUGGCAGCCGAGCCACGCAGUCAGGCUCGAAUAAAGGCUCAGAAUUAGAACCAGCAAGUGGUAACUCAGGUCAAGGGGAAACGAGCAGGGAAGCAGAGGGGACGGUAGUAGGAGGGGGAGGGUCACCAGCAGCGGCUAGGAGUGCUGCGCAACGGGGGUUUGGAACAGGAAUGACUGUGCAGGGUGGGGUUGGAACAGGAAUGGCUGUGCAGGGUGGGGUUGGAACAGGAAUGGCUGUGCAGGGUGGGGUUGGAACAGGAAUGGCUGUGCAGGGUGGGGUUGGAACAGGAAUGGCUGUGCAGGGUGGGGUUGGAACAGGAAUGGCUGUGCAGGGUGGGGUUGGAACAGGAAUGGCGAUUGAGAUGGUGGACCCGCCCCUCACCACCGCUCUCCACCUGCGCCCAAACCUUCAAUUCGACUUCUCACUCUUCACAGAAUCGUCCCUCCGUCGCGUGGGCAUCCCAUCGCUACCCAGCAGGGAGGAGGAGAGGGAGCGGCGGCUAAGACAACACGUGCUGGCGCUAGCAGAGGCGCACGCAGUGGGGGACUGGGCGCUGGCGCGGAGGUGGGGGAAGAAGGUGCGGGGGGAGGCGAGUGCAGAGGGGGAUGUGGUGCAGCGAGUGGCAUGGUACAUGCUGCAGGCUCUGGAAGCAAGGGCGGAUGGCACUGCUGCUGUGAAAUGGCGAGCGCCGGUCGAGUAUAAAGUCAAGUCUGCAGCAGACGUGAUGGCAGCGGUGGGGCACUCCCAUGAGUCCAACAUCCUGACAAUCAACUUCGUCUUUGCUGCUCUCCUCCACGAGGUGCCUCGGUUAGAACGGGAAGCUGCAGAGAAGGGGGGCACAGCACAGCAGCAGCAGCAGCAGCAGCAGCAGCAGCAGCAGCAGCAGCAGCAGCAGCAGCAGCAGCAGCAGCAGCAGCAGCAGCAGCAGCAGCAGCAGCAGCAGCAGCAGCAGCAGCAGCAGCAGCAGCAGCAGCAGCAGCAGCAGCAGCAGCAGCAGCAGCAGCAGCAGCAGCAGCAGCAGCAGCAGCAGCAGCAGCAGCAGCAGCAGCAGCAGCAGCAGCAGCAGCAGCAGCAGCAGCAGCAGCAGCAGCAGCAGCAGCAGCAGCAGCAGCAGCAGCAGCAGCAGCAGCAGCAGCAGCAGCAGCAGCAGCAGCAGCAGCAGCAGCAGCAGCAGCAGCAGCAGCAGCAGCAGCAGCAGCAGCAGCAGCAGCAGCAGCAGCAGCAGCAGCAGCAGCAGCAGCAGCAGCAGCAGCAGCAGCAGCAGCAGCAGCAGCAGCAGCAGCAGCAGCAGCAGCAGCAGCAGCAGCAGCAGCAGCAGCAGCAGCAGCAGCAGCAGCAGCAGCAGCAGCAGCAGCAGCAGCAGCAGCAGCAGCAGCAGCAGCAGCAGCAGCAGCAGCAGCAGCAGCAGCAGCAGCAGCAGCAGCAAGCAGCAGCAGCAGCAGCAGCAGCAGCAGCAGCAGCAGCAGCAGCAGCAGCAGCAGCAGCAGCAGCAGCAGCAGCAGCAGCAGCAGCAGCAGCAGCAGCAGCAGCAGCAGCAGCAGCAGCAGCAGCAGCAGCAGCAGCAGCAGCAGCAGCAGCAGCAGCAGCAGCAGCAGCAGCAGCAGCAGCAGCAGCAGCAGCAGCAGCAGCAGCAGCAGCAGCUGCAGCUGUUACGAUAAGAAUGAAUUGA